AUGAAGUCGCUCGUAGAGCUCUCCGUGACGGCCGUCGCGCACUUGACGCCCGUGCCGGAGCUCCUCGCGAAUGUCGAGUAUCUGCCCACUGCCGUACGUCACGAGCUCUUCCACGAGUUGUCCGACUGUCGGCUACGACAGAUGGAAAUGGCGUGGGAAGCGGCUGCCAGAGCUGAAGCACAGGAACCACGUGACGGAUUUGACCCUCUGGCUGGCGACCAGUUCCUGUUCGACCGGGAGACUCAGCGUGAGUGGGAGCGUCGCUUGAGGACAGCGCAACGGAGCUGUGGAACGAGAGUGAUGACGAGGACAGCGAACCCGGUGGAGAACUCGGCGGCCGCACAGGAGCGACGACGCAACUACCGGUUCGUGUUCUGGGAGCACCAGUUCCGCACGCUUUUCAACCUGCGAAACCCGCAGCGGUCUACAGAUCCGGUGGAUGUCCUUAGUGACUGCCAGGAGCUCUUCGUCGAUGUCAUGGAGGUGCUCAAAGUGCACGGCCGCGAACUCUGUGACGACAACGUGCAGCUCAUCUCGGCCCUGCGACAGCUUCGGAGACUGGAGAUACACCACCCGGAACAGCAACGGACUUGCUGGGAGGCAACGGGACGUUUGCUGCAAAGUCACCAGCAUCUUGCAGAGCUAGGGCUUUUCCACGGCAAGUUGACCGAUACACACAUAAGCCAUUCGAGCUUGUCGACCUGA